GGAAAUGUCUCCCAAUUCAGUUUAGAGUCGAACUCGCGAAACCAUGCACGCCCGUAAGAGGCUUCCGAUCCUGUUGCUCCUCUUGAUACUCAGCGUCUCUUUGCACAGCGCCAAUGGACAGCGACGGCCGCCAAGUAAGCGGCAGGAGCUUUUUAGAAAACUCACGGAAGCCGUCUUCGAGUUCUUCGGCGCGCUGCGAGAUUUGGCCGCCCAGGUGUCCGAGAGGGUACGCCCGUAUCUGAAGCCUUUGGCCGAUGCGAUGAGGGGUAAACCGAAAGCUCAGGAGAAGCCUGUGAAACCUGGUGAGGAACCUGAUAAGCUCGAUAAGAAGGAGGAGAAGAAAGAGGCGAAGCCCGAGGUGCACGACUGCUUCGGUUUGGGACCCGAGGUCGCCGAGACGCUGGAGACGUGGAUGAAAGGCGACGCCAACAGCACCGAGGACGUCAAGGUCAAGUUUCAUAUCAGGAGCAACAAAAUUAGCGAGAGGCGGGAAUUGAGCGAGUCCGAUAAAUCCGAUUUGGAGAAGAUAGACUUCGAUAUCAGGCGCAGGACUUUCUUCGUUAUUCACGGAUACUUGUCGAGCAGCGAUGCCGAGUGGAUUCCACCGAUGGAGGAUGCUUUACUCAAAUUGGGCGAUGGGAACGUCAUCACCGUCGACUGGAGCGGUCAGCACUUCGCCUUGAACUAUUUCAAAGUGGCUCGGAGUACGGAGACCGUCGGGAACCAGAUCGCCACAUUUCUGCACGACGUGAGCACAACAGCGCUGGAAAAGCAGGGGAUCCCCAAAGAAAGUUGGGGUCCGCUACACUUCAUAGGCCACAGUCUCGGUUCGCACAUCAGCGGCUACACGGCGCACGAGGUGAAGAGGCGGAACGGCGACUGGCAAGUUCAGCGAAUAACUGGUUUGGAUCCGGCUAAACUUUGCUUUGAAAACAGCGAGGAAAAUUUGAAACUCGAUAAAGGCGACGCUCCUUUCGUCGAUGUCAUCCACACGAACGCAAAAAAUUCCCUGACGGAGGGACUGAGUCUGUUUAAGCCCAUAGGUCACUUGGAUUUUUAUCCGAAUGGUGGCAAACAUCAGCCCGGCUGCACCGAGUCGAAUUUCAUACUGCCCGACUCGAUAAAAUUGCCGAAACGAAUAAUAAACGAAGCAGUCUGCAAUCACGGCAAGUCCUACAUGUACUUCACGGAAUCGAUCCUCAACUCGAUUGCGAAAAACUGCACUUUCUGGGCGAAACCUUGGGACAUGACCGAGGAGAGCGCCGGGAAGAUGCUGUGGGACUCGUGCGAUCCGCAAAGUUGCAUCGAGAUGGGAAUAAACAGCGAAGCCUAUUACCCAGGCAACAGCGAAGCUUUCUUCGUUCUGACGUCCGGAGAGCCACCGUUUUGCAGCGUAACAAAGCGAGAAGAGGUCGCCGAGGUGAAGAAAAUACUCGAGGAUAAUAAAGAUGACGGCGCGUGAACCAGCAUAUAAUUUAUUAUUUAGUAUUCAACGGUUAUACGCUCGUCCACGCAGAAGCUCGAGCCCACAACAGAUUCGAAAUUAACAGGAUAAGCAGCCGGCCGACAGCCGAACACAAACAAAAGAAGAGCGCAGCCUCCCGCGACAGGGAACACAAUCGAUUCAUCAGCGCUGCACGAGAGCAUCUAGCCAAUUUGGCAGUCGAAGUAUCCCACACCGUAUGUACAACGUAUAUAUACACACAAGCCCGCAUCCGCUCGUCGCCGUCGGUAUUUAGCAAUAAUUUACUCUUGCUCUCUUCUCGUCUAGAAUCGACUGAAUGCGCCCAGCGCAGUUCAGUUCCGAUCGCACUGCCACAAUAUUCACGCCUCUAAUGUAUACAUAUAUACGUAGUUUUCGUAUUACACACACAAUACUCUCGAAAUCCCACGGGUGCAUUGUUACGAUAAGCGCGCGCGAUUCUCCAAAUAUUAUAUACGCCCCUAUGUAAUACGCGCGCGCGCGCUCGAGCGUCUUUGAAGCUUAUACGUAUACACAGGAUACUUUUCUCUGGAAAUCUGCGCGGGGGUGUGACAUUAUGCAGGCAUUUUUUCCCUCAAUUCUCACGAGUCGGUGAGACGGUUAAUUUAUAUCAUUGGUAAAGGGACUGCACACACGCGGGGCAAAGUGUUAACAGCGUGCGCCGCGCUUUUGUAGGAGCUUUCAGUUGGCUGGAAAAAUUUUAUGUGUGAGUACAUAGUGGCGCGUGUGAUUUUAUAGUACUGUUAUAGGCGGCCUCUGUGUGUGCAAGCGGGAGAGGACAAUAACGAAUUUGUUCGUUGGUCUCACGACGACUUUUAACGAAUAUUAAUGCGUCUGUGCCGGUAUAUGGCUGUGAGUGUAACGGGCUUCUGUCGGCUUAGCUUUUUUGUGAGCCGAUUAAAAUUAAGGUUCGAGUAAUGUAUGAUAUACGACCGUUGUAAAAUAGCAGUGAGUA